AAUGGGCGGCGACCGAACGUUCGCGGCAGCCAAUGGCGUUCCGGGAAUGGCUUGCUUCUUCUCCCCGUGGAAGGAAGGGAGGGAGGUGGAAGGAGUCAGCGUUGGAUGCGGCGGCCGGAGGAGAGAGGCUGCGGGCGGGCAGGAGAGCCGAUGUCAACUGAAGAUGAAAAGACCUGAAAGUGAGCAAGAAGCUGCUGUGAUUUCCCAUCUCUGUGUGUGUGUGCCUCCUUGAAGAAGACACUCGUGCCAACACUGUGUCCUUGAAUGGUGUGGAUCCCAGUUCUACUCUGGACGUUUUUGCAGUGUGAACUGGGACUCGGCUCUUAUUGGCUGGAAAACAAGAAGCCUUGAUGUGGGAAGAGGUUUGCCAUCAUGUCUAGCAAUGAGCUCAACGGAUCGAAGCAGCCGCGUUAUGGUCUUUGAGGGCACCACAUUGGGCUGCAGAUUGUCAGGACGAGGCAUCAAAGCCUGGCUGGGUCCUGGAAUCUGUGGAAGGCUUUAAGGUCUCCGGAGAGAAGGAGACCCGUUGAUGGGCUUUCCCCAUUUGAAGCGGGACCCCUUGCCAGCCUGAAGGGCACCGUGGCCCCUGCCCAGGGCCCCCACCGGUGCCCCAUUUUGGGGGCCCACCAUGGGGUCAGGCCUCUCCACGGGGGCCGUGGUCGCCAUCGUCUUCAACUGCGUCAUCGCCUUCCUCCUCCUGCUGCUCUUCCUCAUCCUCUGCAAGGCCUGCCGGACACCCGCUUCCUGCCCCGACAAGAGCCCUUCCUCCGAAGCCGACGAGCGCGGCAACGAGGAGCGCUACCUCCUCCAGCCCUGACCCCGCGGAUCCCGUGAACUGCUCUUGAGGGACUGAGGCCGUUUGGAGAGGGGCCUCGAAGGGCCUGGGCAGAAGCAGGUCUCGUUGGGUUCCUUCUCUUUGAGCGAUGGAGGGAGGAGACUGGUUUUGGAGCCCCAAAGGGACUGGUGGCCAUUUCCAGCCAAGCUUUUCUAGGCGGAGAGACAAGUCGGGUCCAAUUUCCCCUUGUGGUGGCCUUUUCAGCCCUGGUGAACCCAGAGCCUGGCCCUGUCCAGAUGGUGGCUAGCAGGGCAACGUAGACAGGGCUUGACGUGGAACAUCUUAUUUCACUGCCCAGGUUUCAAUAAAACCCUGGUUAGUUCAGGCUCUUUCUCGUUGGGAGAGAUCCCUGCUCACAGCCCACUGCAUUGGCCGUGGUUUCUCUGUGGUCAGGAGCGCCAUGGAGACCUUGGCCAUGGAGGGGGCUGUGGAGUUCCUUGGAGCCCAUCUUCAGCGGAGCCCAAGGUGCCGAUUCAGCCAGAUGGAGGCCUACAAAGGAAUGAAGGGCUCGCCUUCUCCAGUGGAUGGGUUAGGGUCCUCAGUAGCAGGGGAUGAUGAGGGAUGAGCCAUGGUGGCUUGAGCGAUGGGGGUGAUGGUGGCAUCUGAUGGGUUUGAUAGCACUUGCUCCUGGGUCUGGAGGUGUCCUUUUUGCCUCUUUCUUUGGGAAGACUCUUCUUUGGACAGGUGAGGCCAUGUAGGUGAGCUCCACAAGGCAGGGCAGCUCCAAGUAUCAGUUGGAAGCACUGCUCAAAGGAGGAAGGCAACAUGAAAGGGGGCAGGACAAGGGGAGCAGAAUCCAGAAAGAGUAGGCCUGGAAAUUAUGAAAAAUGCACCUUGUUGUUCGACUUUUCCUCAAUGGCUUAUCUCUGUUGCCAAGCUAUGUGAAAAGGUACCUAGCUGAAGACAUGGGAUGGUGGAACUGGGAGACCUAUAGCAAAACCUUUGUGUUGAGAGGAUUCUAGGACGGUGCCUUGUUCCAGAAGUGAUGUGUUGGACUGUUUCAUCCAGUCCAGGCUUGCAACACUCAGAAACGCUUGCAGAAGGGCAGAUAGUGCUGUGUUUGGUGUGUUCAGAGUAAAAGGCCUUUGUGUUACCUCAUGGACGCACUAUUAGAGCAGGUAUCAGGCUUUCCUAUGGAGAUGUGUGUGUGUUUAACACUCCGAGACCUUUGUGGCACAAGAGAAAGAGAGUCCUGCAGGUUGGAAGGAAAAGAGGGAGGGAGGCUGGUGCAAACUGUGAGUAACGUCUCUGGUUUCUCAGUGGCUGCAGCUGCACAACUUUGGGAGAAGGGAGUUACUGUGAUGUUGCCGUGUCUGCAACAACUCCCUCGCUCAGUGCAACCAAAGCCGGAGAGCAAUUCUUGCAAAUUUGGUGCUUGCAGCAAUGUCUCCAGUGUAUGCUUUCCCUUGAGCGCUGCUUCUUGGAAGUGAGUUACACCAGAGGAAGGAUGCUGAUGCAAACACCAACCCUGCAAGGUUGCUCCCUGACAAGAUCUUUUGACAGCCAUCAGGGGAAGUGGCUUCUCUCGCACUGAGCAAAGGAGUCUUUGCAGGGCCUGUGACCUUACAGUUCAUAAAACAGAGGUGUUUCUCAAAGGGGUUGCGCCCGUCUUCCUUCCACCUUGUCCUUUGCUUCUCCAGUUGUGCUCUAACCUCAAGGAAGAUUCUGCAAAAGGGGCAAAAAAGGGGGCAGCUGUGGAAGAGACGAGGGAGACUCGAAUCGGCCUUUCCGGGAUAGACUUUCCUUGGUCCCCUUGUGUUUGGCCUCCUUUUCCUCAGCACAGUGAAUCCUGGUGGGCAUCACAGCCAGUGUCCAUCUAACAAUAGGCAGAGGUUUAGGAGGCCAAAGUUUGGAGUGGGGCAGGGAAGAGGUCUCCUCUUCCAAAGGAGAGUCAAAGGGACAUUUGGAAGAACUCAUGUGAGGUGAUGCUGCAAAGUCCUGCUCUUCUUGGGGACUGCAGCAGAAACAUGCAAAAGGGAUCCCCAAACAGCCACUGUAGUAGUCAUGGAAUGGAUCAAGGUGGUGUCCCUUUCACGUGGUUGCAAAUGUGGGUGAGUCUUGCCCCUUAUGUUUGUGUGUCUUAUCUGCAUGGCAGGAGGAGUGGGGUCCCGGGGAGGAUCCUCUUGCGCUGCUGAGAGACAGAACAAAUGUUUCCUUCUCGUGCCAAUGACUCCGCGCUCACUGGAACAGGCCUUUCCUAACUGCGAUUUGACUGGAAUAAUAAUUAUUUUAAAUAAAAAAUGUGCAUAGUUUGUAGCAAA